AAUGUAAACAACACAAACAACACCACAUUUGUUCGUACAGCCCGCUUUGAAUUUAUUUAAUUCUGGAAGAAAAUGCCCAUCCCGUGUCGUAGCGGUUGUGGCCGCAAUGCCUUUAUGCGACGACCGAAAACUGGCGAUGUGCUCUGCAAGGAAUGUUUCUUUCUGGCGUUCGAGACGGAAAUACACAACACUAUUCAGCAGGAACAUUUAUUCCGCCCGGGUGAAAAGGUAGCGAUCGCGGCUAGUGGUGGCAAAGACAGCACUGUUCUUGCACAUGUGAUGAAUGUACUGAACAAACGGUACAAUUACGGACUAGAUCUGGUACUGCUUUCCAUUGACGAAGGCAUAACUGGAUAUCGAGAUGACAGUCUUAAAACGGUGGCACAGAACCGAGAUGAUUACGGUAUGCCGCUGCGUGUGCUAUCGUAUCAGGAACUGUACGGAUGGACGAUGGAUCGCAUAGUGGCGGAGAUAGGUCGCAGCAACAAUUGCACGUUCUGUGGUGUGUUCCGCCGCCAGGCACUGGACCGUGGGGCACGUUUAAUGGAGGUCGAUUGCGUAGCCACCGGACACAAUGCGGACGAUAUCGCGGAAACCGUCAUAAUGAACAUAUUGCGUGGAGACACAGCACGGUUACGUCGUUGUUGUGAUAUAAAAGCGGGAUCUAAAGAAGCCGAUACAAUCCCACGGGUAAAACCGCUAAAGUAUAGCUACGAGAAGGAGAUCGUGAUGUACGCACACUUUAAGAAGCUGGUCUACUUUUCGACCGAAUGUGUAUUUGCUCCGAACGCUUACCGUGGCCAUGCUCGGGCGUUCUUAAAAGAUUUGGAAAAGGUACGCCCAUCGGCGAUCAUGGACAUCAUUCAUGCUGGCGAGCAGUUACAAAUCAAGGGCACGGUGAAGAAACCGGUACGUGGGGUUUGUGGCCGGUGCGGGUUCGUAUCGUCACAACAACCGUGUAAAGCUUGCGUAUUGCUAGAAGGAUUAAAUCGUGGGUUACCUAAAUUGGGCAUUGGCAAGAAAUCGAAAGGAGAUCGAAUGGUGGCUCUCCAAGAGCAACAGCUACGAGAGAAGGCACAUCUUGUAAAGAACGACUUCUGAUGAGUUUGAAUUUGUAAUAUAUGCAGCGUAAAGGUAUGUAAGCAAAACCACUUUUACUCAUUAAACACUUAUUGAGAAAACGUUGUAACUUGUUACGAGUUCGGAUCAUUAGAAUAGAAAUUUGUGACCCCAUCUUAUCAC